UGGCCCAGAGAGGCCCCCCAAGGCCUAUGGAAAGGAGGUUGUGUCAGGCAUCAUCAACGCGUCACAUCUACGGGGGUAUUGGACAUGCGCAGUAGAAUCUGGCCGCAGCUUCAGUUACACUGCACAUGCGUAAUACCCCUCACCCCAAGACCGGUGACCCAUCCUCCUUCUAUAGGCCUUGAGUCUUUGCUUGCUGGGCUAUCUACUAGCUUAAAGGCAGCAGAGGCCCAGCGGGACCUUGGCCUGCCCUGAAACAACUCGAUGGAUCUCAGUGCCGACUCCGGGACUCUCCCCACCCACACCACUGCAGGGGGAGCUGUGUUGGUGCAGGAGCUGUGUCUGUCCAAUGCUCGCUGUCAAACAGAAAGUGGAGGCACUAUCUUACUGAAGUUGUUGGAAUUCAAAACCCAUCUACUUGAGACCGUGGAGGAGCUUCACAUCCGGAGGGAUGCAGAGACACGCUUUGAGGAUCAGAUCAGUAAACUGGUGUUGGAGAAACAGGAGCUGGAGUGGGAGAAGGAAUCCCUACAGCAUCAAAUUGAAACAACGGCAAACCAGCACACAGAGUCACUCAUCAAUGUUAAGAAGCAGCUUCAGGCCAAAAUAAGAAACAUUGAGGAGGAGAAGGGGAAAUAUCAGGUCAGUGCUGAGAUAAAAGACAAGGAGAUUAACAACCUGAAAGAAGAGCUAAAGUCGCUACAGUUACUGAAGUACAACUUGGAGAAGAAAUCAAGUGAGUUGGAACAGAAAUUAUCCUUGCAGAGCCGGUCGAAGGACAGCCACUUGAACCAGCUGGGGGAGGUUGAGAAACGUUUCAGUGCUCUGUCCAGGCAGUGUGCCAUGGUCAAGCAGGCCCACGAGAAACUAGAGCAAAAUGUUGAUGAGGCCAUGAAAAUAAAAAAGAAACUGACUACUGCAAAUGAAAAACAUGAAGCAACCAUCGCGUCACUAAAGAAGGAGUUGGAGGAGGUCAGUAACAAGCUGAUCAAGGCCAAGAUGUCAUCAGUUCGACAUGACAAGGCCCAUAGUCCUACAGGCAGAGAGCAGCAUUGUCAGCAGCUGCACCAGAAACUGAUCAUGGAAACUGAAAUGAACAAAACACUCGGGGAGGAAAAUGUAGCUGUAAGAGCUGAAAAACAGGAAGUGAUGAGGUCUCUGCAGCACACCCAGCAGCUGUUGUUGAGUCAGACACAGACAGUAAGCAGAGUAGAGCUGGAGCUGCAGACUCACAGAGAGCAGUACCAGGCCCUUAAGCAGGAACAAAGGGUGAUGCGAGAGAAAAGCACGGCAAUGGAAGACAAGGUGGCCCAACUGAUGGAGAGCUACGCUGCUUCCAAGAACAGCUGGGACAAAGAGAAGACAAAGCUUCUGGAUUGCAUCAAGAGUGAGCAGCAGGACCUUAAAGCGGUGAAAGAGGUGUACGACGAGCUUCAUAAGGAACACACUGAACUGUCCUCGCAGGCCAAAGUGCAGGCUCAGCAUAUAUAUGCAUUGGAGAUGAGAGACAGCAGUCAGAACUUCGGUGUUUCUACCGAGGUCUUCCCCGCUUUCUUGGAGGAAAUCAGAGGAGAGGAAACUCUUGAGGAACCCAUCUCCAGCUCUGAGCUGCCUAGCUUUGGCAGUCUGCAGCACUUGGCCUCCACUCAGACCAAAAACCCAGACUGUCUGGAGGACACGGGAGCUGUGACUAAGCUAGUUGCCACUGGAGCAGCUGGAGUAUCAACUGUAUCAAGCCCUGGCCACAGGUCUAACAAUGGAUCUGUAGACUUACUAACCAAAGAAAAGAGUGAUGAAGGUAAUGGAGGAAUGAGUGAGGAAGAACAGGGAUGGAAAGAUGAUGCGAAACAAGUGAAAAACGACAGAGAAGAGAGGGAAAGAAACGAGGAGCAGCAGUUGAAUAGAGAAGAAGUCCAAGGAGAAGGAGGAAGUGCUGGAGAAAAGAGAGGAACGCUCACGGCCCAAACAACAGAUAGAGCAGACAGACGAGAGGAUAGCCAGGGGUCAACAGAGGAUGCAGGCGACCCCAAACAGCCUGGAACAGAAACACAAGAUAGAGCAGAGGGAAAAGGGACAUGUGGAGCGGAGGAGAGAGGAAAGACAGGGCUACACACAGCAGAAACCCAGAUACCGGCCCAGACGACUACUGAUACGAAUACAGGGAAGAGCGACAAACAGCAGGUCGUUGACUUCAUGGACACUGAGCCACCGCUGGCUGCAUGUGAGCCCUCAGACUGCUCACAAAGUCUCUCUCAGAAAGUCAGCGAGAAGGAUUCUGACUCCAGCCAUGUGAGCAAAGGAUAUGAGAUUAGGGGAGAAGUACAUACCUUCUGUUCUGAUGAGCAACAAAGUGUCAAUCAUGGGUCAAACUCUGUCAUUCGAGAGGUGGUACGCCCAUGUCAUGAUGAGGCCCAAACCGUUGCUGAGUCACUUACUCAGCUGCCAACCCAUCAAGUUUUUGAGGAAACCGCAGAAGAGAAUCCAUCAGCAGCCAAUAUACCCACUGAACUUUCUGGACCGCUGACGCAGUCAAGUAUUUGUGGCUCACAAACCAAAACAGCACCAGUAGCUGCUCAGUCGAUUGACAUUGUCAGUAUCCAAGAUAUGGAGACAACACAAACGCAACCUAGUAAUCCUUCUGACAUUACCAGCGACAUGAAGCACACAGAUGAAAAGUGUGACACACAUGUGAAUGACGUGACGUCAGUGAGAACAACGGUUGAACCACAAGCAUUACUUCAAAGUCAGGAAAUUUCAAAGCAGAGUGGACAGCUGAAGUGUCCGGUAACUGAUGGUGAUUCUAGUGUAUAUAAGAAGACGGAAGGUCAGUCAAAUAUAGACACGCGUGAAAAAGAUGCCUGUGAGACUGCCCUGGAACCUGUGGAAAAAUCUAAUGUGAAGGACGCCUGUGCUGAUAUCACGAUAGAUACUGCGGUCCUUGAAUCUCGGGUUGAGACUGGCAGCAGUCAGGAGCACACGGAAAAUUACAAAAUAGAAGACGCAGGAAAUGCAAAAACGACUAAAACUGAUCUGAAGCUGUCUGUCCAUUCAAGUCAUGAGAGCGAUGCAUCACCAGAGACUGGCAGCACAAAAUGCUAUGAGCAGUCUCCUGCUAAAGAAAUGCCACUUGAUGAUACUAAUGAGUUGUCUCUGCUCAGCAAUAAGACUUACAGGUCGUCAUUCAACUGGGGCAGUGCUCAGAGAAAACCAGAGAGCUCCAGAACUAAGUCAGAUGUCUCCAUCCUACAUCAGUUUGUUCAGGGAUCCCCUAUGUUUGAGCCAAAUACAAGUGGUCCUAGUGAACUCCUCAGACAUCCUCCCAGCACAAUACCCAUGUUCCUCAAAAGCAAGCACAACCAAGUCCCCUUGGUGAUUACCAGGGCGUCGGACCUGUUGAAUGCCUCCAGUGUCUCUGGGACUGCAGCUUCCACAAGGAGACACCCGCAGGGAGAGACAGCAACAGCAGACAAGGAGAGCAGAGCUUCUUUUCCAGUCUCCUCAUCCAUCACAGUCAGCAGACUGUCAUGGCAAACCACCCCAGGGUGUAGCAGAGCUCCUACCUCAGCUGCAGGUCCUAGUUCAGGGUCAGACUGGGAGCCCUCUUGCUCUCAGGAGAGGGAAGACCAACAGUCAUCAUUCAGAGCCCAGAUCUCCAAAAUCGAACAGUUCCUCAACACAGAGAGGCUCCGUCUGCCCAAGAGACCAAGAACCGACAACUAAACCACCAAAACGUACUGUUCUGUUGAGGGAUGCUACUGUAUUUAGUUACAUUACAAAAGUCUUCUGUAGCACUUAUUUGGUAAAGUAAUAAGAGCCUCGGCUGUGAAAAACUGUGCAAGGGUGUCUAGUUUUUGGCUUUAAUCAUUGCCUGUUCCACAUUUAAUUUGAAUGGAAAAAUGCUCUGUUCAUUUGUUGUUGUUGCAUUGACAUUGUGUAUUUGUAGGUAAGCAGGAGAAGAGAUGAUUGGUUAUUCCACAGGAUGUUUAUAUAUUUAUGUUAUGUUUUAAUGUUUUUAUUGAAACAUACUGUUGUGUGUGUCUAAAGCAGUGUUGUAAUGUAUGUAUUGUCAUAUAAACAAAAAUAAAACAUUUGGCUUACA